AUGGCUGUGAUACCUCGAUGUCAGUCUCUUCCUGACAAAUCAACAUUGUGCCCAGUUGUACAAGGACUUCCGGGUCUCAAUGGAAGAGACGGAAGAGAUGGUGUUAUUGGUCCUAAAGGGGAGCCAGGACUUGCAGGACAAACUGGAUCACCAGGAUUAAGAGGAAUGCCAGGGCCUUCAGGAAAAGCCGGUCCCCAAGGGGCCAAAGGAAAUCAAGGAGACAAAGGAAUCAAUGGUAUUCAAGGUGUUCAAGGACAAAAGGGAGAAAAGGGUUCAAUAGGAACUACAGGUGCACCAGGGCCUUCAGGAUUACAAGGAACUAAGGGUGCAAUUGGUCCUCCAGGAAUCCCAGGAGCCAAGGGUGAUGCUGGAGCUAAAGGAGACAAAGGAAAUCCAGGAAUUCUAGGACAAAAAGGAGAAAAGGGUUCAAUAGGUUCUCCUGGACUGAAAGGAGAAAAGGGUUCCAUGGGUUCUCCUGGUGCAACGGGUCCAACUGGAACCCCAGGUGCUAAGGGUGCUGCAGGUCCAACAGGUCCUCCUGGAAUUGCAGGAGCUAAGGGAGCCACUGGUGCUACAGGAGAAAAGGGAACCCCAGAUUCAACAAUGGCUAUAAAGGUUACAAACUUAGAGAACAAAAUAACUGCUCUAGAAAAACGUCUGUCAUCUCUUCAUAAAGUGAGCUACUUCCAAGGCCUAGUGAUGACAUCAGGGAAUAAAAUCUAUGUAACAAAUGGAAAAGAAGCAGAUUAUGUCACUGCACAAGCAACAUGUGAAAAGGCUCAUGGGACAUUACCAACUCCACUGAAUAGUGGUGAGAAUGCUGCUCUCUACCAGGUGACAAAGACAUUAGGCAGGAGGGCAUACAUUGGUAUUAACGACAAGAACAAUGAAGGCAGCUUUGUGUAUCUUAACGGAAAACCCAUUGUUUACAAGAACUGGCACACAAAGGAACCCAAUGGAGGAAAAAGUGAAAACUGUGGGGAAAUAACUGAACUUGGGCAAUGGAAUGACAAAAGUUGUGACCACAAGAAUAUUAUUAUAUGUGAAUUUGAAUCAUAA